GUGAGUGAUUACAACGACGUUAGUCGUCAAGACAUUGAAUCGGCCCCGAACUCUUCAGCACUGCAAGAAUUCGGAACGAUGGGGCCCAUAAAUACUGCAGAUGACGUCACCGACAGCACAUCGCACGACUCGUGUCUAGAGAGUGGUUCACUGAAUAGGCGAAAGGAGUCUCUCCACUCAACGUCUUUUGCCAGUAUUCUAGUGUGUGCCGUGUUUAACGAGUCCUUCAACCACCCGCCAAAGUAUUCUGCUGAAAACGUUCAAGGGGAGUGGGAUCAUAGUAGCGAGUCUCAAGCCACGCCGCUGUUAGAGAGCAACGCAGUGGAAGAAGGGGCACGAAGUGGGGGGUCGUUGUUGGACCUCAACGUUUCUGUGGAAAACAGUGAAGAUACCGCCUUGAUAGAUGCAAACGAAACGUUCACCACUGUGGCCGAAAGCGCGCACGACGACGUGGCAAGGUUGCCGUCAAGUGACGGGGGAAAAGGAGCUCGCGAUGGAAAGCUUACAGAGAUGCAUUCCCCUUCUGACGUCGUCUCGGACUGGCCGGUGGAUUGGGAUGUCAGUGCGGACACGUCAGAGUACGUCACCGCUUACAACCAGGACAUGCCGCAGAACGACACCACCGGAGCCGUCAACUGUUUUCAAGAUUGCUCUGACGUCAUGAUCAAAGACGGCACACUGAACGACGAAGACCCGUUCUGUGAUAGUAAACUGGAGCAUCUCGCCACCGAACACGUGUUGGCGUUGGGCUCACUGUUGUACAAUCAGCCCAUCGCGUCCGGAG